AUCAUCGGUAGUACAGUACGAGACUGAGUUGUUUAGAUCAUCGGUACGAGCGCGCGCACAUGAGAUGCACAAGCAUUAAUCCGGGUCAAAGCAUGGAUGGACAGCACGCUCGCACGCACACGGACAGGCCACGACGCACGCGCGAUGCCGGAGCAGAGCAAGAGGCAGCGGGCGCGCGGCAAGCGGACGGCGGGGGCGACGCUGCUCCUGGCGUACGCGGCGCUGGCCAUGGAGCGCGCCGACGCCGCGCUGCUCCCGUCGGUGUACAGGGAGAUCGGCGCCGCGCUUCAGGCGUCGCCCACGGCGCUGGGCUCCAUCGCGCUCUCCCGCUCCGUCGUGCAGGCCGCCUGCUACCCGCUAGCCGCCUACCUGGCUGCGCGCCACGACCGCCUCAGCGUCAUCGCCCUCGGGGCCUUCCUCUGGGCCGCGGCCACCUUGCUCAUCGGCCUCUCCACCACCUUCACGCAGAUGGCAGUGACUGCGGCGUUGAACGGCGUCGGGUUGGCGCUGCAGAUCCCGGCGAUCUUCGCCUUCGUCGCGGACUCCGUCGACGGCACCAACAGGGGCAUGGCCUUCGGGUGGCUCAUGGUGGCCAGCAAGGCCGGCACCGUGGGCGGCACCACCCUUGGCCUCCUCAUGGCGCCCACCUCCUUCUUCGGCCUCCCGGGUUGGCGGCUCGCCUUCCUCCUGCUCGCCGCCCUGGGCGCCGCGGUCGGUGUCUCCAUCCGCGCGUUCGCGGCCGCCGGCAAGGCCCCAGCACCUCCCCGGCCCACCAAGCCGGUGCGGCAAGAGCUGCAGGAGUUCGCGAGGGAGGCCAAGGCCGUGCUGCGGAUCCCGUCGUUCCAGGUCAUCAUCGCGCAGGGGCUCACGGGCUCGUUCCCCUGGUCGGCGCUGUCCUUCACGGCCAUGUGGUUGGAGCUCGUCGGGUUCUCCCAUGGCGAGACGGCGGCGCUGAUGACUGUGUUCAAAGUCGCCACGUCGCUGGGGGGACUCCUCGGGGGCAAGAUGGGGGACGUCCUCGCCGGGCGGCUGAAGAACUCGGGCCGCAUCAUCCUCUCGCAGAUCAGCGCCGGCUCGGCGAUCCCGCUCGCCGCCGUCCUGCUGCUCGGGCUCCCGAACGACCCGUCCACCUCCGCCAAGCACGGCGCAGUGCUGUUCGUCAUGGGGAUCAUGACCUCCUGGAACACCUCGGCAACGAACAGCCCAAUACUGGCCGAGAUCGUCCCGCCGCGAUCAAGGACGACCGUGUACGCGCUGGACCGGACGUUCGAGGCUGUGCUCGCCUCGUUCGCUCCCGCGGUGGUCGGCCUCCUCGCUGAGCACCUCUACGGAUACAAGCUUGCGCGGGCUGCUGCGAGCGGCGGCGACCGCGUCACCGCAGUCGAGACGGACCGGCACAACGCGAUCUCGCUCGCCAGGGCCUUAUACACAGCGAUCGCCAUCCCCAUGGCGUUGUGCUGCCUCAUCUACUCCUUUCUGUACUGCACCUACCCCAAGGACAGAGACCUAGCGCGGGCUGAGACGGCGCGAGCUGGAGAUCGUUCCGGCGGUGAGGGGUCUGACACCGAGGAUGAAGAGGAGGACGAGAGAGAGUUGCUGCCGCAGUGAGCGGUGUUUACAUAGCGCAAGUGAGCUUAAUUAUUAGUCGCUUCGUAACAUAAUUCUGGUCGAAAUCUUACAUGUAUCUAGACAUUUUUUAUAAAUAUCUAGACAUUUUCUAUGAAUAGAUACAUUCAUUUUUAGACAAAUUUAAGACAAGAAUUAUGAAA